GCCACUGGAACCCCCUCCCUAAGCCCCAUCCUCAUUUCCAUCCCUAGAGAGAUGGUGUGUGUAUGUGCGCGCGCGCGCGUGUGUGUGGUGGCGGGGACACUGGGAGAGACCAGCAGAUGGAGUGGGAGGGCUGGAGCCUGAAAUGGGGAGAAUGGGAUUUAGAGACAGGUGUGGAGACAAAGAGCCAGAGGGAAGGGAGGAGCAGGCAGUGGAAGAGGGUGCGAGAUCCCGGUAGACUGAGAUCAGACAACAGGCAGAGGCCAGACAACCCAGACGGAGGAGCGGCGAGAAGCCGACGGGGAGACGGACCUCGAUGUGGGGUCGAGAGAGGAAUGGAGGCCGAGGCGGUCACGAGGACAGGUGUGAAGACAGAGCUCAGGGUGCGCGGAAGAGACAAACAGGCUGAAAAGGAUGUGGUGGCCCAGCCAAGGCAGCAGGGCAGCCGCCCGCCCCUCACAUUCCCCGCAAGAGUGGGAGAGGGAGGGCAGCCUGAGUCUUCACUCCCAGGGCCAGAUGUGGAGGGAGGAGCCAGCCUUGGGCGCGUGGACAGACGCACGGGCAAGGCCGCGUCCUCCCCAUCUUCGCUUGUCAGGGGUAUCCGGGUCUGAGGUCCCAGAAAGAACAGUAAGACCCCGUCGCCAUGUUCCCGGAGCCCCCAACACCGGGGCCUCCAGCGACCGACACGCCUCCUGACUCGAGUCGCAUCAGCCACGGCCCUGUGCCCCCCUGGGCUCUGGCCACCAUCGUGCUGGUCUCAGGCCUCCUCGUCUUCAGCUGCUGUUUCUGUCUCUACCGGAAGCGUUGUCGGAGGCGGAUGGGCAAGAAGAGCCAGGCUCAAGCCCAGGUCCACCUUCAGGAAGUGAAGGAGCUGGGCCGGAGUUACAUAGACAAGGUGCAGCCAGAAGUGGAGGAGCUGGAGCCGACACCAUCUGGGCCAGGGCAGCAGGUGGCAGAGAAGCAUGAACUAGGACGACUACAGUACUCACUGGAUUAUGAUUUCCAGAGUGGCCAGCUGCUGGUGGGCAUCGUGCAAGCUGAGGGAUUGGCAGCCUUGGACCUAGGUGGCUCCUCUGACCCCUACGUGCGGGUUUACCUGCUGCCAGACAAACGGAGGCGGCACGAGACCAGGGUGCAUCGGCAGACGCUGAACCCACACUUUGGGGAGAACUUCGCCUUCAAGGUCCCCUACGUGGAGCUGGGGGGCAGGGUACUGGUCAUGGCAGUAUAUGACUUCGACCGCUUCUCCCGCAACGACUCCAUUGGGGAGGUGCGGGUCCCCAUGAGCUCCGUGGACUUGGGGCGGCCAGUGCUGGCCUGGCGGGAGCUGCAGGCGGCUCCUCGGGAGGAGCAGGAGAAACUAGGUGACAUCUGCUUCUCCCUCCGCUAUGUCCCUACGGCCGGGAAGCUCACCGUCAUCGUCCUGGAGGCUAAAAACCUGAAGAAGAUGGAUGUAGCAGGGCUGUCAGAUCCGUAUGUCAAGGUCCACCUGCUGCAGGGUGGCAAAAAGGUGCGGAAGAAGAAAACGACCAUCAAGAAGAAUACUCUGAACCCCUAUUACAACGAGGCCUUCAGCUUCGAGGUGCCCUGUGACCAGGUCCAGAAGGUUCAGGUGGAGCUGACUGUGCUGGACUAUGACAAGCUGGGCAAGAACGAGGCCAUCGGGAGGGUGGCCGUAGGGGCAGCGGCCGGGGGCGCUGGGCUGCGGCACUGGGCAGACAUGCUGGCCAACCCCCGGCGGCCCAUCGCCCAGUGGCACUCGCUGCGGCCCCCUGACCGAGUGAGGCCACCGCCAGCACCCUGAUACCCACCCUCAAGCCCCUGACCCCAGACUCCUGUCCAAAGCCACGUCCAUGCCCACCUAUAAGCCUUCUCUGAACGCUAACACCCCCCCCACUCUACCCAUUCCUGCCUUCUCCCCAUCCCCAUUAUGCCAAUCAUGAUAACCUGCCAACUGCCCCAAUAUGGCACAUGCCCCAAAGCCCCAGGGACCCCUGGGGGAGGAGGAGAGCAGUCUGGUCUCCCGCCAUCCCAGGGUCUCGCCCUCUGCUUUGACAAUCAGUGAUCCCAGCCUACUAUCCCCUUGGCUCCCAGUAUCCCUUUUCCUGCACAGUAUCACCCACUCCUGUCCCCGGUCUGAUUCCUGCACCGCUCCUGGGACCAAAUAAAUACUCAGCAACUUU